AUGAGUUUGCCUAUUAAAUCGUUGGCUAGAACUUUCUCCACCGUCACUCCUGCUCUCUCCGCUUCCAAAGUGCUCAACGCUCAAGCACCAAUCACGGACGCUCCAUUACUCCCCCAAGUGAAGGCACUUGAUUUGGCUCUCAAUGCAAAGCCUCACAACAAAUGGACUAGAGAUCAGAUUAGGGAAAUCUACCAAACUCCAUUGCAGGAGUUGAUGUUCCAAGCGCAGAUUCAACAUAGAAAUUACCAUAAUCCUGCUGAGGUUCAGCUAUGCACGUUGCUUAGUAUUAAGACCGGUGGAUGCACCGAAGACUGUAAGUACUGUGCUCAAUCUUCACGGUAUGAUACUGGUACGAAAGCAGAGAAAUUAAUUCAAUUGGAUGAAGUCAAAGCUGCAGCCAUCAAGGCCAAAGAGAACGGCUCCACUCGAUUUUGUAUGGGAGCAGCCUGGAGAGACAUGAGUGGAAGAAAAUCCGGGUUGAAAAAAAUCGCUAACAUGGUGGAAUGGAUCAACAAGGAAUUGAAGAUGGAAACUUGUGUGACAUUGGGAAUGGUGGAUGAAAAUCAGGCCAACAUGCUUAAAGAUGCUGGGUUGACAGCCUACAACCAUAAUAUCGACACUUCGCGUGAACAUUAUCCCAAAGUCAUUUCAACCAGAUCUUACGAUGACCGUUUGCAGACUAUCAAGAACGUCCAGAAAGUUGGAUUGAAGGCAUGUACCGGUGGUAUUUUGGGAUUGGGAGAAACCGAAAAUGACCAUAUUGGUUUCCUCCACACUCUAGCAACCAUGGACAAGCACCCAGAAUCAUUGCCUAUCAACAGAUUGGUUCCUAUCAAGGGUACUCCAUUGGAGCAGGAACUCUCGGAGCUUCCUAAGGAUCUGACGAGAAAAUUGAAAUUCGACGCUAUUCUUAGAACAAUUGCUACUGCCAGACUUAUCAUGCCUGAGUCGAUUAUUAGAUUGGCUGCGGGUCGUUACACCAUGAAGGAGCAUGAACAGUUCUUGUGUUUUAUGGCCGGAUGCAAUGCUAUUUUCACGGGCGAAAAAAUGUUGACCACCAUGUGCAAUGGCUGGGACGAGGACAUCGAGAUGUUGAGAAAGUGGGGGUUGAAGCCCAUGAAGCCAUUCAGAAAGGAUGGAGAAGAGAAGAUCGUUCCUGUUGAAAAUGAGUCAAGUGAGUCAGCCACGAGCGGUCCAUGA